CCACCAUGGCCUCCGACGAACUCGUGUGGUCAAUCAUUGGCCACGACUUCUGCUCUAAGCGUCUCGUCUUGCCCGGCAACACUGGCAAAACGCAGAAAUCGACCAAACAGACCUUCUGUCGCGACGAACACAACGUGACCGGACUCUGCAAUCGCCAAUCAUGCCCGCUCGCCAACUCUCGCUAUGCCACCAUUCGAAGUGACCCUGCAAAUGGGCGGCUGUAUCUCUACAUGAAGACGAUCGAACGCGCACAUCUCCCUUCGAAAAUGUGGGAAAAGGUUCGACUGAGCGGCAACUACACCAAAGCACUGGAGCAAGUCGACGAGAGGCUGAUCUACUGGCCGAAAUUCUUGGUGCAUAAAUGCAAACAGCGACUUACGCGUUUGACACAGGUGAGGGUGAGGGCGCAACGAUUGGCGAGGGAGGAUGAGAGGUUGGGCGAGACGACGGUUGCGAAACUUGCGCCGAAAGUGCGGCGACGAGAGGAGACGAGAGAGAGGAAAGCUGAGGCGGCCGCGAAGAUCGAGAGGGCAAUCGAGAGGGAGUUGGUCGAGAGAUUGCGAAGUGGAGCGUACGGCGAUAAGCCACUGAACGUGGAAGAAUCCGUAUGGCGCAAAGUCAUGCGCAACCUGGAAAGGACACAGGAGGGUGUGGUAGAUGAGGAUCUGGACGAAGGUAUAGAAGAGGAAGACGAAGAGGAAGUAGAGUAUGAGCGCGAAGGUGGUGAGAGGGAUGUCGAAUUCGUCAGUGACCUCGACGAAUCGGACGAUGAAGACGACAUGGAAGACUUUGAUGACUGGCUCGGUGGUGACGGAGAAGAGGCUGGUGGCGCAAGCGACGAGGAGGAGGAGGAAGACUCGGCCAACAGUGAUGCAGACGAAGAUGAUGACGACGACACAGUGGCGGCAGCAGCAGCACUGAAGAAGAAACUCGACUCGCUCAAACGAAAACGUCCCGCGGCACCUCCAUCGAAGCCCGAGAAGCGCAAGAAGGGCUCCAAGGGCCCGGCGCAGAAGAUUGAAUACGAAUAUGUGCAAGAGCCAGCAUCUCAGCAGAUGCAGAUUGCAAAGUGAGAGCUUGAUUAUUUAUUGGGGGUUGAAGGAAAUGAAUCAUCGUCGACACUUCCAUCCUCGGGGGCAAAGAGAUGGUUCUACAUCACUUGACACGCUGUUUCCAAGUGUACAUGCAGUGAGCCAAACAGGACCGAGCGGAAUCAAUUGGUUCAUUUCAGCUGGCGAAGCAACUCGAUGUACGCACGGCACUCGAGCUUCUGACCUCGGAAGCGUGUAUACUUGUGGUGCCAAGGUAGCUAGCUCAACGGAGGCAAGACGCAGCGUAGACUAUGUAGAGCUCAUGUCUGCUGCCCGCCAUGGGGAAAGAAAAAAAAAUAAGUCAUAGUAAACAGGACUUUACGGUAUGGUAUGGUAUGGUAUACAUGGCAAGGGCGAGGGCGAGGGAAGCGCCAUUAUCCCAGGCUAGGUACCUAGGUAGGGCCUGCAGGAGAGAGAAGAAAGGAAGGAAGA